AUGGCACAAAACGAAAAGUUUCUUUAUCGGCAGGGCGAUAGAAUUCUUUGUUUUCACGGGCCUAUGAUAUAUGAGGCCAAGAUUUUAGACAAAGAUUAUCAACAUCCAAAAUCAGGAGAUUCAGGACCACAUUAUUUAAUACACUAUAAAGGAUGGAAAAAUACUUGGGAUGAGUGGGUAGCUGAAGAUAGAGUAUUACCAAUCAACGAAGCCAAUUUAAGUAGACAAAAACAAAUUGAAGAAUCUAUGACAAAGAAGAAUAAACCAUCAGCAAAGAAAAUUGUGCAAGAUUCUUCAGCGGAAAAGGGAAAAAAGCGGAAAAGAGAUAUUUCCUUAGAUAAAGAUGAACUCAUUAAGAAGCCUAAGAUUAUAAUUUAUAUACCUGAACAACUUAGGAUACUUUUAGUACAGGAUUGGGAAAACAUAAACAAGUCACAAAUGUGGGUACCGUUGCCACGUAAACCUUCAGUGACUGAUAUAAUAAACAAUUAUAAAUCUUGGAAAAUUGAAAAAAGUAAAGACAGUGACGGUAUUGAUGAAGAAGUUAAUAAAGGCGUAUGUUUUUAUUUUAACAAAUGCUUGGGAACUCGGCUUUUGUAUCAAUCUGAAAGAAAUCAAUACAAAGAAAUUCGAUCUAAAUUUGAAAAUUUGGAAAAUGCCCAAAUUUAUGGAGCUGAACAUUUAUUAAGAUUAUUUGGUAAAUGA